AAUUAAAUAAAAUCAAACCAAAAACAUGAAUGAUAAAUGAGAGUUGAAAACACUGUGCAUCAUUUUAAUGAAAUUUUAUUACAUCAAUUCAUCUAAAAAAAAAUAAAUCAUAAUUAAAUAAGAAAUAAAAGAACAUUCAAACUCAUGACUUACUAACAGCCCCAAUCAAGCAUGUCUGGUCCCAUCUCUAUAAUAUGCUCUAAUUUUAAAAUCAAAUGAACACAAAACAUAUAAAAGUAAAAGGGCCCAAUAAAAUGUGGAUAUUUCAACAUUUUCACAGCCAAUUAUUAAAUGGAUUGUAAUGAGAAACCAUCCACCACAGCAGCCCCUAACAAUGCUAUUAAAAUCAGAGCAAUAUGUUGUACCAAACGACAUUUAAGAAUUUUUCAACCAUGCUUCCAAUUCUUGCAAAACCAAAUUUAUCAUCUAAGAAAAUGGUAAAUCAAUCCAAGAAUAAAAUAAAAAAUUUGAAACAUGUUUGCAAAUGUUGUUCAUCUCAGAGCAAUCAUUAAAAAGUUAACAAAAUACAUACAGGCACUAAAAUUACUGAAAUCAAGUUCAAUUUCAUUUUGACUCAUUUAAAUUUUUCCCACUACAAACAAUUAGAGCAUAACAACCCAUUGAAGAGCUAACUACUUAUAAAACCCUCAACCUUAUUUAAAGUAGAACUUAACAAAUGCAUCAAUUUUCAUAAAGCUAAUAGCAUUGAGGAACAACAGAUAGAGCAAAUGUAUGUAUAAAUAAUUAUUAACCUUUGCAAUUUAUACAACAUUUGGUUUUUUUUAAUAAGGAACAAUCAAACUAAACAAAAUGUUUUCAAAAUUAUGAAAUGAUAAACUAUCAAAUACGAAGCAAAGUACAUAACUAGUUCUUACUUUCAAAUCAAACCCAGACAUCCCAUAUAUCCCAUUAACAUUUCUGUCACUCAGUCUCACCACUACUUAGUAAUUUCAUACCUUGCUCAGUAAAUAUUAAAUAAUUUCUCUUGUUAAUCUUCCCCUACAGGAACAGCAUCUUCUAGACGUUUGAUAAACCUCAAUCUGAUUUCUGUGAUAUUGUCUCCUUUAAGUGUAUCCUGUAUAAACUUGACAUCAACAUCCAUCUGAACCUAGAAACAAAGAGACAUUUUUAUUUGAACAAAUAUCUACUAUAAGUACAAGAUCCAUGUGAGCCUAGAAAAAAAUAAACAUUUUUAUUAAAAACAAAUAUCUACUACAUUUACAAGAUCAAUAUCCAUCUGAACCUGGAAUAAAAUACAUUUUUAUUAGAAACAAAUAUCUACUACAGAUACAAGAUCAACAUCCAUCUGAACCUGGAAUAAAAUCCAUUAUUAUUUUUUUUUAAAUAUCUACUAGUACUAAAUGUACAAGAUCAUCAUUCAUCUGAACCUAGAAAGAAAUAGACAUUUUUUAAACUAAAAACAAAUAUCAACAACAGGUACAAGAUAUCUGCUUUUAAUAAUAUAUUUUUUUUUAAAAUUACUCUUUCAACUGAUCGCCAGAAAUAGCCAGUGUGACUCAUUAGUUAAUUAGAAAUCAAAAUUAUCAAUUUACCUUUAAAGAUGCUAACUGUUUACCCUAAACUUUCAUACAUGUUUAAAAAACACAGAUGCUCUUAGAUAAAAAGUUUAACAUAUUAAUAAAUAUGUUCAUACCAUUUCCAGAGCACCCCUCAAGGCACCACACAUUAGGUUGGAGUAAUUUAGGUUGGCAUGACCAGGAGGAAGUUCCACAAAGUCAGUCAGUGGGUUUGACUCCAACAAAAGGGAGAACUCAUCCCCAGCAGCACUCCAGUUACUUACAACUGGAGUUAGACCAAGGUACAUUUUGAAUGCUACCUGUGCUUGAAAUAAAUAAAAUUAAUUAAUGUUCAGCAUCUACAGUUGUUAGUUUUUACUACAUUUAAAGGUAUUUUCUGUUUAAAUAGAGCAAUCAAAAGUACAAUAAUUUUUUUUAUUAUUGCUGUGUCUGGUAUUUAUGUAAUAACUAUUAAUUCUCCAUUUGUAAAUUAAAACUAAAUUUUUUUGUGAAUGGAGUUCAUCAUUAAACUUUAAAAAUUAGUAUAUUUUGAUAUUGGUUUUGAUACAUGUUAGGAAAAGACAGCUUGCCUUGGCUAUAACAUCAGCUGUUUCUCUAAAAUCAUUACACCUUCCAGUGUUGGCUCUAGCAAGAAAGUCCUCUAUCAAGCGCACUCCCAUAUUAUAGCCCCUGGCAAUAAAAUGAAUAACUAAAACAUAAUGUGAAUCCAUCUUGCAAAGUUGAAAAUUUUACUAGAUGAAAAACCUUUGAUUAUAAUAGCAAUGCGAGGAAAAGAUGUGAAAAUAGGACACACUUUAAAAAUCAUAAUUUGCUAUCAUUGUAAAAGAUUAUUAUAAAAAAUCCAAAGAACUUUUAAAAUAUGUUACAUUUUAUCCAACUGUUUAUUGACUUGCUCAUCAUUUUCAUAAUCUUUAAUUAGUUGCGCUACAAGUGCUCCAUAGGUCAAUGUAAAUAACUCUCCAUUCUGAAAUAUGUAAAAAUUGAAAGCAUUCAAUAACUCCCAUCACUUGUGUUGCAUUUAAAAUAAUGUAUUUAUUGUACAAACUUAAAUAUUGAAUGAAAAUAAUCAACAUUAAAAUGUCUAAAUAGUACAUUAGAGAAAAAAAAUAUAUUCAAAACUAAGUACUUUUUAAAAAUAAAAUUUGCGCUUUUUAAAAGAAAAGUGAAGUUUACCUAUUUUCAACUUCAAUUUUCAACGCUUAAACUAUAACCACGAAAACAAAAAUGAAUUCUCAAUAGAACAAGCAAGAUGUCGACUUCAAGUUUAAGUAAUUGGCGGAUGUUGAAUUUAUUUUUAUGCUAAAAAUUUUAAAAAAUCAACUAUAGAAAGGUGAACCAAGAUACCUUUGUUAAUUGUAAAUUAAACCGUGGAGGUCGCCAUUUUGACAACGAAAUUCAAAUACCUGAUUUUCAGGAGUUUCUGGGUGAUAACAAAGUGCCUAAACUGAAAACUCCUAUCCUUUUAAACUUUUAAGCCUUUUAACGAAUUUGGGAUUUGAUUAAUAUUAAUCAUAAUGAGUGAAAGAAAAGAUUCACACAUAAUCACAGUCUUAGACUUUGGAAAACGUUGCAUACAGAUUUAUUUGGUAUGAUAUGAAUUAUGAUUUUAGUAGGGCCUACACACUUCUUGGUAAAUUUUGAGAGAUAGCACCACGGCCGCCAUCUUGAUUGCAGCGACCCGCAAACUUAUGUCCUGCAUGUAUCCCUAAACCUAACCUGAACCCUAAAUCCAUCCCUAAACCUAACAUGAACCCUAUACUUAUCUGUAUCUCUAACCUAGGUUUUGACCCUAUUGGCGGAACCAGCGUUUUGACCCUAUUGGAACCAGGGACACAACAUGCAAAUGAGGUUAGGGUGGUAGCUCUCUAAAUUAGCCCACUUCUAGCCCCCACUUCAUCAGUCCAUAACUGCAUCGCCUUCUUCAGUCCAUGAAUGAGUACCGAGCCGAGCCCAGUUUUCGGGCCGGGUACACCGAUGACCGAGAGGGGAGGGGGUGUGGCAUAUAUUAUAUUAUAUAUUCAUAAUAAUAUUGACAAUUGAAUUAUUAUUGAAGUCAAUAGGCGUAUAUGAUUAAUUUAGUAAGACUUUUAAAAAACCAACCACUUUCCUUGGGUCUCCAGCUCUAUUGGCUUGUCUCGACAUUACUUGACUACUUUACACCCUUGCUCGCCUUUGAUUUUAGAAUUUUCAUUAACAGCUAAUAAACUACCAAUCUCGAUAAGAGAUACUCUUCUGAAUGAAAGUACCGGAAAUAAACACAGCGAAUGUACGAAAUAAUAAAUAUAUUUUGAUUAGUUAAUAUUUAUAAGUAUCCAAUCAACAACCAGUUCACAAAUUUUUGUUUUUGCCGGAACCAAUAUGGAUUCCAUUUGCAUGCUGUACCGUUGUGACUGCUGAUGUUUAUGUUUCUACUUUCAUAAUGUUAUUUUCUCUUUGUGGUAGAGAAAUUUUAUCGGAUUAAACUGUUGGCUUUCUUCCUUAAUAUAUACAUUUUUAAAGAUCCAAUAAUAAAGGAUGACAGAUUACAAGGAAGAGCAGAGAAAUGAAAUCGAAGCAUUGCAGUCCAUUUAUCCGGAUGAAAUUGAAAGUAAGAACCAUACCAAAAAAAACAACAAAAAACGAAUGUUUUUCCCAUCACAUUAUUAUAUUAAUUAUUAUUGACUUAGUUUAAGCAUAUUACUCUCACUUAAGCAAUACAUAAAUUAUCUACUGCUACUACUAAUAGUCAAACCUCUGUUCCAUAGGCUAGCUGAUACUGAUAGCUGAAAUUAAUCAGUUCUGCGACCAUAUUUUGACCAUAUACAUUAUACAUAUAUUGAAUGUUGACAGUUGAGGCUCAUGAACGGCAUUGAUUUAUGAUGUGAUUGAAUGAUUUCCAUGGUCCAUAUUAAUAUAUUUAUUAUUGAAUAGCAUUGAUUAUGAUUGAUUGUACCGGUACUUAACCAGCAUUAAACUCAACCUGGGUUGUACUUGACCCGCAUUGUUCAUUGUUGGUAAUCUCAGAUAUAAUAUUAAUAUUAAAAUUAGGCUAAUAUAAUUAGCAUUGUAAAUUAAAGGAAUAUAAAUGUAUAUAUAUCCAUUAUAUUUAUAUGUAUUUGGAAGCUCAUUCUGGCAUAUGUUCUACGAAUGUCGAAAUUGAUAGGAAAUUUUUUUUGGCCAUUUUACAAUAUACUCUAUCACUCUAUGGCGAACUUGGAUUUUUGCGUUCUACGUCACAGUUUUCUAAUUAAUAAAUUAAUUUUGUCUUUUAUAUAUAUAUGUGUGUGUGUGUAUAUAUAUAAUAAUAUGUGUGUAUGUAUAUGUGUAUGUAUUUCUGUAUAUAUAUAUAUAUAUAUGUAUAUAAAGUCGGUUAUCUUAUUUUAGUGUAUUUAAUUAUUUUUAUUAAUUAUUUCUCAAUAUGAUUAAUAAAAUCCAAGCCUGUUCUGAUACGACCAAAAAUGUUGCCUUAAAAUACAAAAGGUGGCUGGAGCUUAAUUUGAGUUUUUGUAUAAUUGUUAAUAUAAAUUAUAAGCUAUGAAAUAACUUAGUAAGUUAAUUAUUUAGUUAAAAAUAUAAUAAUAAAUAAGGAUAGAAUAAAAUUACACAUUUCAUUUCAAGUCAUUUGUAUUGAAUUUACUUCACUAAAAUAUGGUUUUACACCAAAAUAGGCUAAGUACGCCUUAGUAUUAAGAUCGAUAGGGCUUUUUCAUUCCAGAUACCAAACAAGUCUUAUUUCAUGGCAACCAUAAAAAUCUGACUCAAUCGCUGGGUGGGAAGGGCUGUAGUCUAAGGCUGUUGAUGUAUCAUCCCAUUCAUUGGAAGUUUGGACAUUGGUGGCUUUCCUCACAGGCUUGUGGCUUUUUUGAUAAUGUCGCCACAAUCCAGCUUUGGGCUUUUGUAUUGUAUGGGAGUUCCAUGCAUGCUGCUUUGCUGCCAGCUUUUGGGGGUUGAGGAAGUAGGGCUUGUUACAGUAUUUUAAUUUUAAAAUCUCCUAUUAAAAUAUUUUUCUUUACAAUUACAGUUAUCGAAGAAGAGCCAUUUUAUAUUUUUAAGAUGAAGGUAGUGCCCCAAGAUGCUGAAAAUUUUCCAGAUCAUGCAAGUAUGUAAGCUUAUUACUGUGAAUAAAACUUACUGUAUAAUGCACUAAAGCGGUUCAACACCAUAGUCUGCCAUGUUGAGACUUUGUGGCAAAGGUUCUAACUGUGAACUGCUCUUCUUUAAUUAUGUUGCGUAAACAUCACUCACAAAAAAAACCCAAAAAACUACACAAUUUUGUAAAUAGCCUCUUUCACACCUGCUAGAAUGCUGGACUGACCAUCAGCCUUAAGAAGACAGAAUAUGUCUUGUGGCAAGAAGUAGAUACCCUUCUCACCGUCAUUAACAUUGAAGUUUUUAAGAACAAUCACUUACCUUUGAUUUACCUUCUCCUGCUAUAAUAAACUUCUAUGACCAUAUAGAAAAAGCAAGCCUGGAAUUUUAACCUUAAAGUAAGGAAAGAAAAGCAUGUCUACAAGUGUGAUCAAACUUGUAAAGUAAAGAGGUCUGGACAUGAUCAAUUGCAGGUUUGUAUUUUGUUGACUUUGUACCGCGCUUCGAGCCUUUGGGGAUGAAGCGUGUUUUUGAAAUGAACUUUAUUAUUAUUAUUAUUAUUAUUACAAGGAUGUGUGCAGAGAGAUAUGAAUGUCAGCUUGCAUGCCAACAACUAGGAAGGCUGUAGUGAAGACCCUUUUGACUGACAUCUAGCUGUCAAACAGGGAAUUUAAUGACAGAUUACAAAGGGAAAAUGCUAAAACUUCAACAUCCACCUCAGAAAAUGAAGCAUUGAUAGGAUCAGACUCUCCAGUCAGUGGUUGCAGACAGGAAACAAUACCGUAUCAUAGUCUUAUGAAGCCUGAUGACAAAUUUCAGACAUCAACUGUCUGCAUCAUUAUUUGUCCCCAGUAUUUAUUAAUAUUUUUUUGCUGACAGUCAGCUGAAACACCGGACUGCCUAAUUCAAAACCGGAUAACUGGCACCCUAUGACUCUUGUACUUUAGCAGACAUUUGGAUCCAUUUUUUUAAAGAAAUCACUUUAUUUCUUUUGUUUAUCAAGGCUUCCCAACAAAGAUGACUAUAUUUCAGAUUUAAAUGGUUUUGUAGUUUGCUAUUCUCCCCAAAAUACACACAUUUAAAACCGGUAUAAUAUUUAUCUCCAAACGAGAUAAUAAUGUGGGGAAUUUAGCAAAUUUUUUAUUUAAUUAUAAAAAGCUGUUUAAUUUUGGCUAAACACUUUUUUCGAUGCUAAGAAUUUUUUUAUGACAAAAAGUUAGCACCGUUUUUUAAUCAUUAUUAUUUUUUAAUGCCAGUGUCUGCAGUGCUGCAGUUCACUUACACAUCAGAGUACCCAGACACUGCACCAAUUAUGGAAUUAGAUUCAACUGAAAACAUGGAUUAUUCUCAGCAAGAUUUAUUAAUGGAGUUUAUGAAAACACAAGUAUGGAAUUAGCUGCUAACAUUAAUAUUUUAGAUUUCUGUGCUUAAUUUUGUCCAUUUUUUUUGUUUUACCACCAAAAAAAACCCAUGGAAGUUUAUAUUAAUAAUAUUAUUACAUUUGCUAUUAAUUUUGAAGGAAAAUAAGGCAAUUUAAAUGUUAUAUUAUGUUAGUUCUUUGUGUAUUAAUUUAUUAUAUAUAUAAAAUAUAUAAAUGUAAUGACUGAAUUUUCCGUAAUGCUUUUAACGUACUUUUUAGGCUCAAGAAAAUUUAGGGAUGGCAAUGAUUUUCACAAUCAUCUCAGCAGUUCAAGAAAGAAUGACAAGCAUGAUGGAGCAAGCUGCAAAAGAGGAAGAGGAAGCAGCUGAAAGGAAGAAGAAAGCAGAUGAAGAAGCUGAACGAGUGUGUGCAUUAUAAAUUAAAAUGAUUUUAAAUGUUAAUUUUGUGUAGUUUUUAGCAAUUCUAUUAAAAAAUAAAAGAAAUUUUUUCCAACCUAUAAUAUAAAUAAGAAAUUUAAAUUUAUAUCAUUACCUUUCAAGAACAAUUGCAAAUCAGUACCGUAGUCUUUAGUGAAUUUACAUGACUUCCAUCAGAUUAUAAAAAUAUUUAAGAGAAAUGUAUUUUAUGAGAUAAGCAAUUUUUGUCAACAAAGUCUUAUUUUCUUUAUGGUUAGGAUACUCAUGUUGAGUCAAUAAAAUACGGUUUUAACUGAUUAAAGAACUAUCUGGAAUAUUCUUUCUCUUACCUCUUGUAAAGCCGGCUAUCUAACAAAGUCUUUUUUAUGAAUUGGUAAUUUCUGAUUUACAGAAAAGAUUUGAAGGUACGCGAGUCAAUGUGGAGUCAUUUAUGGUCUGGAAAUUAAAGUUUGAUGCUGAAAGAGCAGAAAUGAGAAGACUAAAAGGCUAUUCUGAUGGUCAAGCCAAGAAGCCAACAGGUAAAAGUAGCAUGACCUGGGUUGUGAAAAAACGCUGUCAAACAUUGUUGUUGGCUUUGGGAAGUUGGCUGCAUUAAUCUCCUUAAUGAGACAAUUUUGGUAUAUUUCAUCUUGAACCUUUAGCAAAAUUGAAAAUCAGUAUCAUUUGUUUUAAAGUUGGUUAAAAAUCAUUAAAAAAAAAACAAUUUCAAAAAUUUUCAAUUAUUUUAAAUUGCAAAUAUAGAAAAAUUCUGAUCUCUUAUUACUAUUUUUUAGGUAAAGAACUCUUCCUUGCAGACCAGUCUCUGAAUGAUUCUGAUGUCAAGUUUUUACAAGCAGGUAUUUAAACAUUCUUUUUUGUAAGGGUGUGCAGCUCAUUGGUGGGUGCUAGGGUUCUGCUGGUUUUCAACUGGAGAUGUUAGUUUCUACUCACUGUUAUUAAGAACCGAUAAUGACCAUGGUGCACCAAUGGUGAGCCUUAGUCAUUGUUGUGUUUCUUUUAUGGAAUCAACCCAUCACCCAAGAUACAAGAUUUCUAACCAGUUAAUUAACUUCUUAGUUAAAUUACCUUCUUUGGAUUCAUGGGGCUAAAUAUACAUUUCCCUCUAAAAAUUGUAUUGUUAAAUUUUAAAUACCGUAAUAUUAUUUAUCACAAAAAUUUGUAAAUGGAAUUUUAAUUUGCUGAAAUAAAUAGAUUCCGAAUGCUGAAUAUUCAGCCUGGGUUAUUGGCCAAAGGAUUGUCUUAGUAGAAUCUCACUUUAACUGAAAAUUUACCAAUGGAAAAAUAAUGCAUGCUGUUGUACCAGUAUUGUAAAUUUACAACUUACCAUGUUUCCUGAUAAAAUGUGUUAAAAUUUAAUUUCUUAAAAUGUGUCAUGAUAAAAUCUUUUUAGAAUUCUGAUAUUGAUAACUCAUCUUAACAGAGUUAUAAAAAUAUAGAUUCCCUCUACUUUUGUGCACUGGUAUUCAUAGAUCUGUUAAUUAAUCUUAGUGAAGCUUAUUGUAUCAGACAGUUCUGUAGGGGUGGAGUGAAAUGACUCUGAUUGGUGGGUGUGAGGGGACAACUCUUGUAUGUGUUUCACAACUGCUUUUGUGUAGGAGUUUUAUGUUAUAUCAGUUUCAUGUACCGGUACUAAGAGACAUAAUUAUCAUAUUCAUUUAUACCUAACUAUCAAAGACUUCAUUACACAAUUUCAUAAAUUAAAUGAACUUAUUUAUUUACAACUAUCCAAAUAUAAUCUAUUAUGGCUAAGGAUAUGAAAAACAACUUUCAUAUAAUUUUAGUCUAGGUUCUAUUACAUUAUGUAUAUUGGCCUCCCCGUAAUGCCUAAAAUUCAUCAUAAUAGUCACUUUGCUUUGUAUCAGAAUUCUUUGCCAUCGGACAGUUAAGACUUUACUUAUCAAUCUAUAAUGGUCUUUGUUGAUCUGGCUUGAUCACUCAAAUUGGGAGAUCACUUCAAUUCUUGAAUUGGGUUCUCCGUUACUUUCCUUAAUGGCUUCUCAGUGCGGUAAAGAAAGUGGACAUCGUGGCAGUACGUUGUGAUGUGUGUGUGGAAUUCCCAGCAAUGUGUCUGUCGUGGAUGUAAAGUCCUAUCAGUAUGUGGUCCUAUUGAUGCAGGCUAACAGCUUGGUCUUCCGGAUGGAUACUGGACCGAGUCUUAGAAUCCAGCCUCAGGGAACUGAUCCUCAAACCAGCUGCUAAGGUGCAUUGACUUCUUGCACUUGGGCAAUACAGUUAUAUAAUAACCAGGCUAUAUGUGAAUGAUACAAGAAAAAGAAGUGAGCAACUUUUACAAUAUUCUUGAGCUAACAGAUCCCUUUCGCACAACAAUGAAUUCAGAUCGAGUUAUUGAACGAGAUAAGAGCUUUUGAUGCAAAAUAUCCAUGUGUAGAUAACCUUAUUCGUCUUCACCAUAGCCGGCUCUAGCAUGUAUGGUAAGCGUUGAUGUAUGGCCAAUGAUUUUUUGCAAACAUAAGAAUACAGUGAAUUAUAAAUAUAAUUUAAUAUAAAGCAUAUAUAAGUUUACUACAUUCAAAGAAUUGUUGGAUAACAAAGUUCCAAUGGCUGCAUUAUCAUCCUUGAGAUGGGAUGAAGUCUAGAUGAGUAAAUCUCAAAAUGGCCAACAUGUGUCCGUUUUGGAGAUGAAUGUCGAACAUUGAGAAAAUAUAAAAUACAAGGAAUUAAACAUAUUCAUUUGCAGUGGAAUGAUCAUACAUUAAUUUUUAACCAAACUAUAUACAUGAUAAUACAAUGCAUUCAAAUAAAAGUAAUGAAAUAAAAAUGUUCAACCAACUCGCUAGGUUUUUGAAAUGGCAGGCUUCAGAAAUAUGUGAAGUUAAAUGUGCUAACUUUGUGUGACAAUUUUAAAAGACCGUUUAUAACUUUUAUCUUGGUAUUUAUAGUGGAUUUUUAGGUAAUUCUUGUCUACGCUAUUGUAUGCUGUUUUGUAAUCCAAGUGCAGUUGGUGUAUGUCGAGGUGUAAGUAAGGAUAACAGCAGGCAACAUUUCCUAUUUUAGCCUAAGAAAGCUACUGGGAAGCAAAAUCCUCUCAAAGGGGAACAAAGAAGACAAUAAACACCACUAUCAUAAGACCUGUAGUUACUUACACUAGUGAGACUUUGUCCCUUACCAGAAAAACAGAGAACCUGCUCAACACAUAGGAAAGGAAAAUCCGCAGGAAAAUAUAUGGUCCAGUGAUAGACAAUUUUUUUUGGAGAAUUGUAAAACCCAAGAGCCAUAUCAAUUGUACAAAGACCCUUGCAUAGUCGCAACAAUAAAAAAAGGGCAGACUGCGCCGGACAGGACAUAUUGAAAGGAUGUUGGAACGUAGAGCAGCAAAAGUGAUAUACAUGCAAAAACAUACAGGAAUAUGGCUCACCCCUCGACCAAGAAUGAAAUUGGUUGACAAUGUAGAGAAGGACUAACACCAGUUGGGACGGAAAGCCAUGGAUGAGGUGGAGCAGGCCAGAGCCCGCCAUGGGCUGUAGCGCCACUGAUGAUGAUGGUGAUUUACAGUGGAUUUAAUAUAAUUGGUCAUUGGCUAAAUCAUGUGCUAACUGAGAACAAAGAAAUUAACAUUUAGAUAUAUAAUAAAAUUUCCACAGGUUAACAACAGCUCACCGGUGGCAAAAAUCCACUCCUCAAAUGUUACUGAUUCACAUGUAUAACGACAAUAAAAGGGGAAUAAUUCAUGCCGAACACAAAAAAAGAGGGAGGACGUUCUAAGAAGAUGUUUUAGAUAUAUUGAAAUUUGGAUGACAGCUUGAUUUCGUCACAAGGGCUUGGGUCCCCCCACUCAGCGCUAACAGAAAACAAAAUAAACUCUAGCCCCUACAGGGCUGAUCGCUUGAUAAAAAAUAAUGAAGCUGAUAUAAUUUUUUUCCCCAUUCAGGGAUCCCUUAAAGCUGGGGAUAUUAACAAUUUUCUUUAAUUUAUAAUUUUUUUAAAGCCUUCUGGAUUUUUUGGUUUUAAAUAUAUUUUUAAUUUUUAGUGUGUUCAAGAAUGAAUAUGUUUUUAUCUUAUAGAGGGAGACACAUUGGAAGUUGACGAGUCAUUAUUUGAGAACAUGGGGGAUCUGGAAUUGGAUGAUGAAGAUGAUGAGAGUGAUGAUCCGGACUACAAACCAGGAGAUGAGGAUGAUGACGAUUGAUGAAUGUGCUAUAAUUAGUUAUGUUUGAACUUAAAUCUUUGCUGAAUGUGUGAAUCUAGGGACAUUUCUUUAUUAUUACAUUGCUGCAAGGCCAUGUAUUGCUUUUGUUUAUGUGCCUUUAUUAAAUAGAAAUGGCAGAAUGAUUUCAGAAACAGUUCUUGUAACUUAAUUUUGUUCUUGGACUUAUAUUUAAGUGCUGUUGUUUUUAUUGAGUAAUUUAUAGGUAAUAAUAAUUAAAAAAUUAUAAGUUCAAGUUGACAUGAACAUUUUCAUGAAGUACAGCAUAAUGCAUUCUGAUCGACUUUAUUCAUAGAUGAAACUAUAUUAUUACUUUGCCUACUGAGUUUUUGGUACUGACUCCUAUUCCAGUGCAUGAAAAAAGAUAAUUUUGCCAACAGAAAACUAUAAAUUACUUACAAUAAAAAGUCAUGGACAUUGAAUUAAAAAAAAAAAAAUGUAAGUGUAAGGAAACUAAAAAUAAACCACAUUUUCCAAAGUGUGUUAGUUAGUUCACUUUCAUGGAUAUACAGAAGUACAAAAUUUCCCAUCAUUUAAAAAAUAUUAUUAGGCUGUUUAUACAUCCAAUUAUUAUCAUCCAUUGAAUAAAGAUGCUUUCAUGUUUUUCACUUUUGUUCCAUCAGAAGUAGAAUUUAUGUAGUUUACUCAUUUGUGCAGUACUAGUAUAAAAAUAAUGAGGAUCUAUACAAACACAUCAAACUUAAGACUUAUUUAAUUAUGCAAAGAUGAUCAUGAUGUCUCUUAGUUCAUACUCACUAUUUUCAAAGGUAGGCUGGGGAGGCAUGGGAUAUAACCUAAAAUAUUUACAAAUAUGGGAAAACUUUUAAAAGUUUUGAAAUAUUGUAGAUUUCAGUUAAUUGGUUUAAUAUAAACUAGAUUCUAAAACCUCAUUCUUUAACAUCAAUAUUCAAAGGUUAAUUCAAGCCAAAUGUUUAUGCUGGAUUUGUAAUAGUAAAUGAAUUGUCUACAUAAACUACAAUGUGGUUUAUAUUUUAAUAUAAUUGUUCUACAGUCAAUGGCUAAAGCCUUCUCACUAUUUAAUUUAUUUGUAUACCCAUAUAUGGUUUUGAAAUCUCACAAAUCAAAUUGUUUGUAAAUCUACAUAUUUGAAAUGUACUAUUUUGCAUAAACAUUGAGAAUUCUGCAAUUUUUGGAUAAAAGCAUGGCUGCGACUAUUCGUACCCGGGUACCAGAAGUGAGAGGUUGGGAUUGUAAAACAAAGAAUCAUGAUAUGCUAUUGUUAUGUAAGAAGCAUAUAUGAUGUCAGUUUAUGCACUAAAAAAAAAAAUUUGCAAAGGUCUGAAUGUGUCUUGAUUCACAAUCAGGUCAUUAGCUGGCUACUCAAUGUCAUAUCUUUUUUAAUUAUGAUUUGUAAAUAAUGUCUGAGUAAUCAAAGACAACGUGCAAAAACUGACAGCUAUCAAUAAAUUUAAAAAAGGCUUUUUGCAAUUUUUUUGUUCCUUUUAUGUCUGUGCAAUAAAGGAGACAAUAGUUUAGUGUGAAAUCUACCAUAAAGUUCUUUAAAAAAAAAAAAUUCUAGCAAUAUAAAUAAAAUGAACUUAGUUUGUUUCUAUUUUAUUUU